GAAUCUGAAAUUUGCAACCCGUGAUUGUUGUCUUCGUACGUGCAGGGGACCAGUUCAACAGCAGGAACCAUUUUUCACGAAUCAGUCUGAAGGAAAUCUUCUUUUUCCAUAAUGUCAUCCAAGGAUCGGAUCCCUAUUUUCCCAUCGCGAGGCGCCCAAAUGCAAAUGAAAGCUCGCCUUGCAGGUGCCCACAAGGGUCACGGGCUUUUGAAGAAGAAGGCUGAUGCGCUCCAGAUGCGUUUCAGAAUGAUUUUAAGUAAAAUUAUCGAGACCAAGACAUUGAUGGGUGAAGUAAUGAAAGAGGCGGCUUUCUCACUAGCAGAGGCUAAGUUUGCUUCGGGUGAUUUCAACCAAGUCGUAUUACAAAAUGUCACUAAGGCCCAAAUCAAGAUUCGCACCAAGAAGGAUAACGUUGCUGGAGUUACGCUACCAGUUUUCGAGUCUUAUCAAGAUGGUUCGGACACCUACGAACUGACCGGUUUGGCAAAGGGUGGACAACAACUCCAAAAAUUGAAAAAGAACUACCAAAGCGCUGUUAAGUUGCUAGUAGAGUUGGCAUCGCUUCAAACGUCGUUCGUUACACUAGACGAAGUCAUCAAAAUCACCAAUCGUCGUGUCAAUGCAAUCGAGCAUGUUAUUAUACCUAGAAUCGACCGCACACUGGCAUACAUCAUAUCAGAACUGGAUGAAUUGGAACGCGAAGAAUUCUAUCGCUUGAAGAAAAUUCAGGACAAGAAACGUAUCGCCAAGAAGAAAGCGGAGGAAAAACGAGCAGCUCUGUUGCAAGAAGGCAUAGAUGUGCGCAGCCAAGCAAACAUCUUAGACGAAGGCGACGAUGAUAUUCUGUUCUAAAAACUUCCCAGCUGUUCAUUCCACAGUGCGAUUUGAGUACGACUAGAAUUCACUUCCUGCCUGUUUAGAUUAACGACAGGAAACGCAUAAAAAGCAGGUGUUAUCAAAAAAAAACUUUCCUUUUGUUCGUAUUCCGUUGAAUUUUUGUUUUUUUUUUUAAAUUUUAAUAUGUUUCAAGAGUAAUACUUUUCGCAUCCGAGAGUGUGUGUAAUUGUGUAUUUUUGUUUUGCGCUGCUGAUAGUAGUACCGCAAAUGGUAAAACGUAAAUAAAGGCACAAGAUUCAACAAAUUUAUUUACAAGUAAUUACCAUUAUAUAAUCAUGCAAGACCAUAGGAGAAACAUAGAAUUGUAUUAAAAUCAACAAUAUUAAAGCUGAAAUAUAGAUGUU